AUGACAGAAUCGACAGAGGAUUUGAAAGCCGACGGUAAUCGCUUCUUUCAACAGGGACGAUAUCAAGAAGCUAUCGAUGCAUACAGUAAAGCCAUUAUUCGGAAUCCGCACGUCUCCACUUAUUUCACCAAUCGAGCGCUUUGCCAUAUGAAUGUAGGUUCCUUUUUAUACGUAUUCUUAUCUUGUCUAAGCGGUGAUUUAUUGUUGCAGUUAAAAGCCUGGGCUAAAGCUGCGGAGGAUUGCUCAAAGGCUGCUUUUUUGGACAGAAACAAUGUCAAAGCAUACUAUUUCGGCGGACGAGCAGCUAUCCAAUUAGGAAAUUACAACGAGGCUAUACGACUGAUCACGAAAGCAAAGGAGCUGGCUAGCACACAGAAGAUGAAUUUUGGAGAUGAAAUUCAUGCACAAAUGCGGCUAGCGCGACGAGAAAAGUUUCGGAUGGAAGAGGAAAAGCGGAUCAAGGAGGAAGGUGAACUGCAGGCUUACUUGCGAAGGUAUACUUUUAUUUUCGCAUCAUGUUGGUUGUUUAUCUUUUGAAG